AUGCCUCAAAACGAGUAUAUAGAGAAACACAUUAAAUUACACGGACGUAGAUUGGAUUAUCAUGAAAGAAAAAGAAAAAAAGAAGCUCGUGAACCUCAUAAACGUGCCGAAAGAGCCAGAACGUUAAGAAAAUUGAAAGCCAAAAUAUAUAAUAAGCAACGUCGAAAUGAAAAGAUUCAAAUGAAGAAGAAAAUUAGAAUGCAUGAGGAAAAACUCACGAAGAAGAACACAGAGAAGCCAAAAGAAGGGGCUCUGCCACCAUAUUUAUUGGAUCGUAAUAUUCAAAUGAGAUCAAAAGUGUUAUCAAAUAUGAUAAAACAAAAACGAAAAGAGAAAGCAGGAAAAUGGGAUGUACCGAUUCCCAAAGUUAAAGCACAGGCAGAUUCUGAAGUAUUUAAAGUUUUAAGAUCAGGAAAGUCUCGGAGGAAAGCUUGGAAAAGAAUGGUAACCAAAGUUACCUAUGUUGGUGAAAACUUUACCAGAAAACCUCCAAAAUUUGAAAGAUUUAUUAGACCUAUGGCUCUGAGGUUUAAAAAGGCACAUGUAACUCAUCCUGAAUUAAAAGCAACAUUUCAUUUACCAAUAAUUGGUGUUAAGAAAAAUCCAAGCUCUGCCAUGUACACAUCACUAGGUGUCAUAACCAAGGGUACAGUUAUAGAAGUAAACAUCAGUGAGCUUGGUUUGGUCACUCAAUCUGGAAAAGUUGUAUGGGGAAAAUAUGCACAAGUUACAAAUAAUCCUGAAAAUGAUGGUUGCAUCAAUGCUGUUUUAUUAGUUUAA